CUGGAGUUGGCGACUGCUUCAACUAAACUAAACUUGGCCUCUUCAUCUCCUGACUUGCAAGUGCGGUAUAUAUUUCGUAUUUUUCUAUACGAAUUUAGGAGCUAGGAUAGGAGGAGGAAGGCGCUAGAUCUCUAUCAGCAUGGCUCACAGCGGCUUCUCCGGCAGCCUGACAUCGCCGAGAUUCGACCUCGCCGUCGACAUGGGCCAUCCCUUCCUCAACCGCACCGUCGACGGCUUCAUCAAGAUUGGCGCCGUUGGCGCUUGCAAGGUCGCUGCCGAAGAGACCUUCGACUGCCUCCAGAGAGGAGACGUCUCACAGCACAAAGUUGAGCGUGCACUCAAGAAAAUGUGCAAGGAAGGCGCAUAUUGGGGUACUAUUGCGGGUGUAUACGUGGGCAUGGAGUAUGGAAUCGAAAGAAUUCGUGGUCACAGGGACUGGAAGAACGCGAUGCUUGGAGGCGCCGUGACAGGAGCACUGGUGUCUGCAGCGAGCAACAGCCACAGGCAGAACGUGGUGAAGAACGCCAUCACCGGGGGAGCCAUUGCCACCGCUGCAGAGUUCCUCAAUUACCUUACCUGAAUAUGAAUACUACUACUAGUAGUAGUAGUACCUUCUAAUUAAGUUUUUUUUUUCAUCUAUGUCCCUCCCCAAGAAGGUCAAGAGUAAUAAUUAACAAAAGUUUCUUAAUUAUCUCAUUUUCCUAUGUGUGUGCAAAACUACAGCAAUCAGAGCUUUUCAUAUAUCUCUGUGACUGGCCCUGCGUUUGCCGACGAGCGAGAUGAUGCAUACAAUGUUAGUUUCAGCUAGCUUUAGUAGCAGUUGAAUUGUGAUGGCCGGGCAAUAAUUGUGCAAA